CUGCUCGCGCUCGCACGACUGCAGGUCGCCCGCAAGAUCGACUUCAACGACCCCGACGUCCUCCUCUACGUCCGCAUCUUCUACGUCGGCGUCCAGGCCCUCACCCUCGGCAUCUACUACUACGUCACCCUCAAGAUCAAGCAGAAGAACGACCUCAAGGUGCUCAAGUACACCGAGCCGGCCAAGCCCAUGUCGGGCGAGGGCCCGACCCAGGUGACGACGACCAACCGCGACUACGACCUCGCCGAGACGAGCAAGGCCAUCCGCAGCGUCCUCAUGGGCUGCCUCUUUAUGGCGGGCAUGCACCUGUACAUGAAGUACACGCAGCCGCUGUUCAUCCAGGGCAUCAUGCCGCUCAAGGCCCUGUACGACUCGAAGAUCCUCAAGAUCCACCUGUUCGGCAAGCCCGCCCAGGGCGAGCUCAAGCGCCCCUUCGAGGCGCCGCCCGGCAUGCUCGCCGCGCUCAACCAGAAGGCCGAGGGCGCGGUUGCGGCGGCCGACGAGCCGGCCAAGGUCGAGGCCAAGAAGACCAAGUGA